AUGGCUUUCUCCAACAAAAUCGGUGGUCUAUUGAGACAAGGAGGUCUUUCCCAGGCCGGAAAUGUUCCGGUUACGUAUAUGCUCGGAUCUCUCCGGAUGAUGUCUACCAAGCUUUUCAUCGGAGGUCUCUCAUGGGGUACUGAUGACCAGUCCUUGAGGGAUGCUUUUGCUCACUUCGGUGAAGUGGUUGAUGCUAAAGUCAUCGUUGAUAGAGAAUCAGGAAGGUCAAGGGGUUUUGGAUUUGUCAACUUCAGUGAUGAAACCGCUGCUAAUGCUGCCAUUUCAGAGAUGGACGGAAAGGAUCUGAAUGGUCGUAACAUCCGAGUGAAUGUUGCUAACGACAGACCAAGUACUCCCCGGGCAUCAUAUGGUGGUGGCGGCGGUGGAUACGGAGGUGGCGGCUACGGAGGAGGUGGUGGUGGUUACGGAGGAGGUGGCGGUGGCGGUGGCUACGGAGGUGGUGAUGGUGGUUACUAA